AUGAACAUGAAGGGUAACUGGAGCAUCCUGUCUAAGAUCCCGAAGGGAUUGGGACUGGUUUCCGCAGCCGUCAUCGUGAGAAGAAUUCCCGCUCUGCAAUGUGUCCUAAGAGCGGGCGCAGAUCCCAACACACCCGAUGGGGUAGGUUGCAAUGCACUCCAAGUGGCGUGCUUCGAUGGCGACGAUGAACGGCGGUUGUGCAUAGUCCGAGAGCUGCUCAAGUGGGGUGCAAAUCCCAACCUGCGCGGUGGUCCGUAUGGGUCAGCGUUGCAUACAGCAGCAAAGGAAGGCCACACCAACUUGUUCACCACACUCCUCGCGGCGGCACCGGCAACGCUGAACCUCGUCAAUGAACAAGGAUUGACGCCGUUGGGGACGGCGACGUCAUUUGGACGGCACAAGGCGGUGACAUGCCUUCUAUCCCUGGGUGCUAGCGACAGGCAAGUGUUUCAGGAGACUCGUUCGGGCUCGCUCCAAGAGGCUGUUGUCGCCGGCCACGACACGUUACUGUCAUUGCUGCUCGGCAAAGGUUUGGAAGCGGUUGGAGGAUUGGACUCGAUCCCAGACGCCAUGGGGUGCGCAGUGACCAAGAGCAGGACUCGAACACUGAACCUUCUCCUUUCCGUGGAGGGAGAGGAGAGGCGAACGUUUUGGGCGAGGACUCGCGUAAGUGACGACUAUUCCGGAAAGUGCAUGCUGCACUUCGCCGCCGAAUUCACCUCUCUGAGCGCGCGGUCAAGCUGCUCCUCGCGGCCGGGGCGGACGAAGCAGCGGUGGAUAUCAAUGGAGCACUUCCGAGGGAUGUCAUCGGGACAGCCCAACCGGAAUUCGGUCCUCCAACGGAGAGGGACCCAACAAAGGAAGCGGCCAUCGCCCGGGUGCUAA